AUGGCCGGCAGACGCUCGGUGGCCAGGCGCGGACGCGCCGCUGCACGCGAGGAGCAAAACUUCUGCCCGUGGCGAUGUUUGUUCCCCCGUGCGUGGGCCUUGGCUCUUCCUGCACGGGUGCUGCUCGGCACCGUCGCGGCCGCGUGCCUCCGGGCCCUGGCCGUGCCGCCAGGGCGGCAGAGGGCGAGGGGCCUCGUGGGCCUGAGGUCGAUGUCGGCCGAUGCUGGGAGGCGCGGAGGUCGCGAAGGUGGCGAGGAGGCGAAGAAGGGGGAGGACGGCAGUAAUCAAGCUGCUUGUGAUGCAGGGGUGUUCAGGCGGCUACCACGCAAACACGACAGCACGUGGAUAAAGCGUGCAAUAAUUCCGAAGCAGCCGAUGUCGCCCUACACUCUGUGGCUCCGCGACAACGGCUUCACCUCGGGACCCGAGGUCUUUCGGCAGUGGUGCGAGAUCGGGCCAGACGAAGAGCGGGACUACACCCAGCGGGCCGCCAAGCUGGUGGGCGAAAGAUUCAAGAAGUGGAUGAAGACGGGCGUCAUGCCCAGGUCUGCUGCAGAACAAGCAGAAAAAGAGCGACGGAUAGCAGAACAAGAGCGACGGAAGAAGAGAAAGGAGAAAAGAAACAAAAAACAUGAGAUACCUAAAGAUGAAGGCGAGAAGGUGCUGACAUCUGUCUGGGAGGCUCUGGGCGCGGCCGCGGCGCCGAUGACCGCCUUGGACGUCGCGCGCGCAAUCGGCAAGGAGCGAGCCAAAGACGUGAACCCGACGCUGUUCCGCCUGAAGAGGGACCAUGUAUCGCUCUCGAACGAGGGGCUCUCGAAGAUGCCCGAGGCGAUUCGCGAGGCGGCGGCGGACUUUCCCGCCGAGGCAACGAGGCAGGAGAUCAACGGGGCGAGCCAUGAACGGUUCGAGCGCGUCAACCACGAGUUGAACACGCCGCUGGUGAGCGGCGGAAGCUGGAGCUGCCCCCUGGCGGAGCCGAACAGGCCACUCUCCAUGAUGGCAUCAGGGAGCGGAGCGCUGCGAGAGUUGUUCGCGGCCGCGCUGCGGCGAUGCGGCGCUCCGAGCCGGGGGCGCCCGUGGACGCUGGCUUUCGGGCACGAUGAGUUCAGCCCUGGCGGCGCGCUCGGCCUCGGGGUGCACAACAUUCGCAGUGGCAACGCGUGGUUCACACCUGUGGUUGUUCGCCGCAGCUGGUUCAGGCAGUUCAUGAUCGCCGAUCUCGAAGGCCACCGCGCGUCGUUGAACAGCAGCGGUGCCAGCUGCUUCAGGCCGCGCAUGCGACAUUGCAUCGCGCUCGAGAAAACCAGGCGCGGCUGA